UCAACUUCAGUUGUCUCUUGGCAAUGGAAAGCGAAGCAACUGGAACAAUUAGUUGACAGAUAAAUUGUAAAAUUACAGUUCCCCAUCAUUUGGAGGGCCACAGACAGCUGAAUAGUUACCCAGGGCUCGAAGAACAAAAAUCAUGGCCCCGACAAAAAUAGUCAAUAGUCAGAAUAAACAUCCAAAUACAGCGGUCGUCAUGAGGAAAGGGAUUACAACGAGAAAUCAGAAAGCAGUAAUGGCCAAUAAUCCGGUUAAUACUAAAGGGCCGACUAUCAUUAAGGACCCCAGGAUUAAAAGGAAAGCGGAGGCCUCACCCCUCAAAGAAAAGACAACGAAACGGUCAGCCCUUGGGAAUAUUACAAACGCUAUUGGUAAAUCAUUGGGUGUACAAUUGCCAGAGGCCAAGAGAGUCGUCAAAAAGUCCCAGAUAUUACAACCAGUGAAAUCAUCAGCAGCUCCAGCUCAUAAUCUCAGAAACACUGAGCGAGUAGUAGUUAAAACUGACAAUGUGAUACCAGCUAAACCAAAAGUAGUGACACGAGCUAAAGUUGCGAAAAAAACUGAGGAACACGUCGACGUGACGAGUAAAGUACAGGUCAGGAAGAGCCUCGACUUGGAGAAGUCGGAAGAGAGUUCGUUGUAUGUCAGCGCCCUCGAGGAAGUGGCUGAAGACAUCUCCAAGAAGUGUGAUAAAAAUGCUAAACUCCAGGAGACGAAGGAGAAAGAGGAGCCUCCAGUAGUGGCGAAGGAGUCAAUAGCUGAGCGGUUGGACGCACCUCCCGCGAAGGUUCUCCCAACAGGAGUCGCAUGGGACUUUGAUGUUGAAAACUGGUCUGACCCUUACCAAGUGUCCCCGUAUGCCAUGGAAAUAUUUGAGUACCUCAAGGGCAGGGAAGAACUAUUCCCUAUUGGUAAUUAUAUGGAGAAACAAGUGUGCUUGUCUCGAUGGAUGAGGUCUUUAUUGGUGGACUGGAUGGUCGAGGUCCAGGAGUCAUUUGAACUCAAUCACGAGACUCUUUACUUGGCUGUGAAGCUUGUGGACUUGUAUUUGACUAAAGUCACUGUGGGAAAGGAGACGUUACAACUGCUGGGCGCUGCGAGUCUAUUCAUUGCUAGUAAAUUUGACGAAAGGAUACCGCCGAUGAUCGAAGAUUUUUUGUAUAUCUGUGAUGGUGCUUACAGCCAACGAGAACUAAUUAGGAUGGAAAUGAAUGUAUUAAAAAUUGUUGACUUUGACCUGGGGAUUCCCCUGUCCUAUAGAUUCCUGAGACGAUAUGCGAGGUGCGCUAAAGUGUCAAUGCCAACCCUGACACUGGCUCGUUAUAUUCUCGAGUACUCGUUGAUGGAUUACUCAACUAUAAUGUUCAGCGACAGUAAAAUAGCCGCAGCGUCCCUGUUUCUAGCACUGCAGAUGAAGGAUCUCGGUGGCUGGACACCAACACUAGAAUAUUACACUGGGUAUAAACUUGAUGACCUCAGGGAAAUCGUCAAAGUCCUCAACGAGGGACUCCACAAGAAACCGAAAGACGCCCUGGCAACUGUUCGCAAUAAGUACAGUCACAAGAUUUUCUUCGAGGUUGCCAAAGUACCCCUUAAGGAUGUGUUAGAUAUAUAGUCAACUUGAAUGUAAGUACUGCUAGAACAAUUUUACUAUCUGGAAUUCUGAAGACACCACCGAGUGUGAGCAGAAAUGAUGGGGGGGAAUAAGUCUGAUAUAUGGGGACUUGUUUUAGCGCUAAAAAAUUAUAUUAUAACGUGGUGAAUCAUAAAUAAUUACAAUCAUAAACACCUGUGAAGAAAAAGUGUGCCCGAAUAUGAACUACCAGAGUGACAAGGAAAAUACGGAGAUGCUGCAUGAUCAGGCUCGGUUUACUUCUGACAUUAUUUAUAAAUAAUUUUUCGUGGGAUAAUUAAUAUGCUCAGUAUUUUUAAGUUAUUUUAUUACGAUUUUUUUUCAUCCCUCUUUUUUGUUGAGAAAUUUUUUAAUUCAUAGACCUACAUAUAUAAACGAAACAAUGUAUUUUCUA